AUGGCUCAACCAGAAGUCACACAACAAACUGAUAACUCAAAGGCACAUUGGCAAGAUUCGGAGGUUGAUGUCCUUCUUCACCACCUAGUUGAGAACCAGGCAGCAGGCAGUGAUGGUGGAAACUUCUCAAUGCCUACCUACAACAGCGCAGUGGCUGCUAUUAAUGCCGAUCAGGCAAUUCAAACAAUAGGCCCACUAAAGACAGGCAAGAUGGUUAAGAUGAAAUGGACUUUGCUCAAGAAGACAUUCAAUCAAAUACAGAUCUACCGUGGCAUAUCAGGCUUCCAUUGGGACAACAUUCACAGGGCUGGGAUUGAAGGAGUUGCUGCUGCCAGUGUCUGGGAUACGUAUGUGGCCCCAAAGUCACAAAUUACAAUGCGCCCCUUUCGCAACAAAGGGUGGCCUCUGUACAAUGACAUGCAGGCCAUCUUGGGGGACAAUAGUGAUGAUGUACUUGAUGGUGCAGACAGAGCCCUUGAUCUUCUCAACAUAGACGUAGACCCCAGUGGGGGCAGUGUCUCUGUUGGCGCCACUCCUAAGCACCUGCACACAAACACUUUGCCUGACUCCCUCGAGACCUCAUCGCACAAUUCUGGUGGCAUGUCCAGUAUUCCUGAUAGUCACCAGUCGCCAUCACUCCUACUUUCAUCAACACUAGUACCAUCAUCCCAGGUACCCAUCUUCAAGAAGGCUCAGGUCUUGACACAUUGCAGCAGCAUACACACGGGCAUGAGCAGUGCUGCCAAGGUCACCGUGAAGAUCACUCCAGUAGCUGUGGUGAUGAACAUGCAAGGUAGUAUUAAUCACCUCACUGACGCCAUUGAGAAAAACAUGGCCCCUCUGCCUGAUCUGCCAAUUCCUGUCGUACCUGUCAUACCAACCUUGAUCUCACACGGCCUGGCAGUUAUGCGCAGUGUAGAUGGGGAUCUGUCGUUUGAUCAAAGAGCCACCCUCCUGCAGAUAUUUUCCCGUGCAGGAGGGGAGAACAAUCUUGCUGUUUAUAUUGGGCUGGAGGAUGACUUUGAUGUGCACCGUGCAUUUAUCUCAGGGCUCCUUGAUAUGCAUUCCAUGUACACAUAUCUACAAUUAUCAUGGUCUCUGCUAGUGGGAAUGGAUCUGGAGUGGAUGGCUGUGGUUGCUGCUGCUGAUGAGAAUUGCUCGUCAGGAACAGAUCUGGAGUGGAUGGCUGUGGUUGCUGCUGCUAACAAGCAUUGA